CCAACGCGUUCCGCCUCGUUUGGCCGCUGGUUGGGAGCAUAUGCAUUGACUGGCCGUGGCAACUCAUCUGAGUUCCAUGAGCGCGCUCCUGUAGUUGUGAAACUACAGUGUGCAGCGUGACCUCCAGUCCCGCCAUGCGCAGUCCGCUCCACUGUUGUGGAAGAGAUCAGCGUUUGAUGUGUGUGUGUGUAAGGAGGAGGGUUCGGGAGUAUGAGGACUUACCUCCCAGAUUUCAGCACCGCGAGUACCCUGGCACCGUCCGAUUUGAAGAUGGGACUUGUAAACAGCUCGUGAUCCUGUGCUCUUCUCUGGAGGAUAGAGUCCGUAGGCCCUGUGAUGUGUCAGAAUAUGUGCUUUCGGCUGCUUUGACGCGAACCAGGCGAGAACCGCCGCGAUGAGCGACCGGUGAGAUGAAGGGGAACCAUCGGGCUGGUGUCGUGAUCAAUUCUGUAAGACGGGGUUGCAUGGCGCCACGAGUGAACGAUCAUGUGGUAAAUCGCUGCCAGCGGAUAGAAGGUGAUGGGGAGGUGAGUGGGCUGCUUCUGCUAUGUGUCAGCGCUCAUUCUACCAGAAGUACAGACGAGUGAUCAUGUCCAUGGGGUGCAGCGAUAUUCUGGCGGUGAUUUGGUGGGUGCCUAGGAUAUUGCUGAUGAACGACGAUUCCAGCUUUGACGCGACGAUGGGUCGGGAUGAAUUGACCAUUGCAGUCGGGGUAACAUGCAGUGCGGGCUCGUACUUACAUCUCGUGCUGCUGUGUCUUGGCGAUAACUGUAGCGAUGCAGUCCAUGAUGUUCUCGGUGUCGAGAAGGGAAAUGGGAAGCGGAUGGAAGAAUCUCCAGCUUUCAUGUAGUAUCAACAGCGCACAAAGCUUGGCUGUUUGAGCACGGUACCUGGUCCCCAACUUCUCCCAUCGCAGGCAGCUGUUGAACAGCAUCAUCCAAUUCAUGCCAUAGCCAACAGCGGCGGUAGGUUCAUACCUCGUGGACCGUAGAUGUAGUGUCUAUAGCAACCCAAGGAGUGUUCGGAC